ACUCACAAUCAGAUGGGUGUGCAGUGAGACAGCCAGGGUAGCUGAGACAUCAGUCCUGCCCUGGGAGCAUAGGCAAACAUGGCCCUGCAAUGGAUGGUUCUCCUGCUCCUCACAUCUCUGCUGGCAGCACAAAAUCAUGAUAAGCUCUAUCCCAACAACUAUGGAAAACCCCAGGGAAGAGGAAAAUGUGAAGCUCCCUCAGACUGGGACCCCAAACUGCGGUUUACACCAAACAAGACCAACUAUGACUUGAACGAAGUUGUGCAGCUCAGCUGUGGUAAGAAGAAUCCUGGGAAGUUUGUGCCAUCUGUCCGGCAGAUCCAGUGCAUUUCCAGAGGGGCCCAGAUGCAGUGGAAUGAGACUGCCACCUGCAAGGGGAGGUGCCAGAAGCCCCAGUGGGACACACAGCUCCACUUUAGGCCAAACCGGAGAUUUUACUGGGUCAGUGAAGAGGUGCAACUGACCUGCUGGAUGAACGACGCUCCUCCCCUUGCUAUGAUCAGAUGUGCUAACUGGACGGAUGCCUGGGAGGUGCUGGACAUGGGGGGAAAAUGGCAUAGGUUGGCAGAGAGCCCGAUCUGCACCACGGGUAAGCUAGGAACCAGUAGAUCUCCCCUGCUAGCACUUUCACCUCUGACAGGAAAGUGUCAAAGGCCCCUGUGGAACUCCACCCUCCAUCUGGUACCAGACCAGGAGAACUAUGAGACAGAUAAGAAAGUGAAGCUGAGCUGCCCUGAAGGUUUCCAGCCACCCUUCACUGAAAUCCAAUGUCAGACUCAAUCCCAGUAUGAUUCUGGGAAACUGCAGCACAAAGAAUGUUGGUAUGGAAGAAACUCCAGUGGUGCCUGGAUCCCCAUUCAGUCCAGUCUGGAGUGCAUUGAAGUGCUCCAGGUUGACCCUGAGACCUUUGAGAUUUCCAGCACCAGCAUCAAACUGAAAUGGACCUGCAGGUUCCCUGAUGCCUGCCAGGGCAUGAGGGCCAUGUGCCGGCUGGCAGAGCCUUCCUCCCCUCCCUGUGAGGCUGAGGAGGUGAAUGAAGAGCAGAUGUUACAUGGCCAGGAGGGAACAUUCACCUGCUCCCCUUUGCAGCCCUUCACUGAGUACAGUGUCACCAUCGACCUGCCCUCCAGCUCAGUCAUAUACAAAAAGUAUGAAAGGACAAAAGAAGUAGUGCCGGACAAACCGGAGCAGCUGUGGCUGGAUCCUGACAGGGGAUCUCUCAGGUGGAGUUCGCUGCCCUCCUGCAAUGGGGAGAUCAUUGGAUACCAGCUGAGCAUCACAGCCAGGAAUGCAGGGGACAGCAGCGUGCUGGAGACGGAGCGGCUGCGGCUCAAUGGCUCCGUCACCGAGCUCCGGCUGCCGGGACACAGCCCCGGCAGCAGCUACGCCGUGACGAUCCGGGGAGUGACGGCUGCUGGAGCCGGGGCUGCGUUGAUGAGGGAGUUUCACGGCAACAGCAGCUCCGACAGCCCGCGCCCCCAGGCCAUCAGCUGCCGCAGCGCCCGCGACAUCGCCCCAUCGCAAGGCACGGCCGUGCUUCCCCUGCGCCCCAUCGCCCGUGGCUCUGAGGCCGCCAGGGAGCACCAGCUGAUCGUGGCCGCGACGCACGACGGCUCGCUGAUCGAGAGCAUCUGCUCGGGGCAGCCACGGCUCUCCAACGCCAGCGUCUACCUGGCCGCUCUUCUCAACCUCACCGCCCCCACGGACUUCGUGCUGGGCGACGGGAGCCGCGGCCAGGGCCAGCACAACGCUGCCCUCCGCCCGGGCCGGGACUACACGGCCCUUCUGCGCCUCGGCCGCCUCGGCCCGCAGGCAGAGAAGUUCACCUGUGUCUGCUACAGCUUCUCUGUUGGGCAGGAGCCAUCAUCUCUGCUGGACAGCAAGCCGGUGGUUAUGGCAAUAGCACUGACUGCUGCAUUCGUGACACUGGGGAUUUUGCUGCUUUUUGUGAUCUUCAGGCUAAAGCACAACUGUUCAAAAGGCUUGGAGAACAACAGCACUAUACCCCUGAGAGGAUGUCAGAAAGAUGUACGCAAGCCAAACACAGCGAUCCCAGUGGAGGAACUGCUGGAGGCUCUGAAGAUGUUUAAGAGGGAAGAAAUCGAGGCAGAGCAGACAGAUGAUGAAUCAGUCAACAGGCAUGGUGCUGGGCUUCUUAGAGAAUAUCAGCAAUUGUCCUCCACUUUGUUGCACCCCUGCAAUGCUGGCAAGGAGCUCUGUAAUCAAAACAAGAACCGCUACAAGAGCAUCAUCCCAUAUGAUCACUGCCGUGUGGUGCUGCAGCCCUCUGACACUGGGAAUGGCUACAUCAAUGCCAGCUACGUGGAUACCUACCGAAGUCCACACUUCUUCAUUGCAGCUCAAGGCCCCUUGACUGGGACAGUGGUAGAUUUCUGGCACAUGGUCUGGCAGGAGAAGACCUCAGUCAUUGUGAUGCUGACAGGCUUAGUGGAACAGAACAAGAUCAAGUGUGAGCAGUAUUGGCCAGAGCAAGAGCAGGUCUAUGGUGACUUCACCGUGACACUCAACAACACCUGGACCACCACAGGCCUUGUAAAACGCAUCUUCUGCCUGCAGAAGGCAGGCUGUGCUCUCCCGAGAGCAGUGGAGCAGUUUCACUACCUGCUGUGGCCGGACCAUGGGGUGCCCAGAAACCCAUCGCAGCUGCUGUGCUUGGUGGAGGUGGUGAACAAGAGGGUGUUGGAAGCACCUGCUGGACCUGUUGCAGGGAUCGGGCGCACAGGUACCUUCAUCGCCCUGGACUUCCUCUUGAAGAUGGGGAAGGCUGAGGGGAAGGUGGAUGUCUUUCACUGCGUGCAACAGCUGCGGGAGCAGCGGGUCAGCAUGGUGCAGACCAAGGAGCAGUACAGCUUCCUGUACGAGGCACUUCUCGAAGGCUUGCUCUGCGGCAACACCGGGAUCCCAGUAGAGAGCAUCACCACCCUCGUCCACUCCCUUCGAGAAGAUGAGACCUCAGGCCACAACAGUGUCCUAGAGAAGGAGUUCAAGGUACCACCAGGAGACAAUACACUGGCACUGUGA